AUGACUGAUAACAUCAAUCAGGCCAGGAGAAAGAAAGCGGCAAAAAGGAAAGUGGACGCAAUUAUGUUGAUUGACACGUCGUCAGCUACUCAAGACAUCCCGACACUCCCUACGUCCCCCAAGACAUCCCGACGCUCCCUACGUCCCCCAAGACGCCCUGACCCUCCCUACGUCCCCCAACACUUCCCGACACUCCCUACGUCCCCCAAGACAUCCCGACACUCCCUACGUCCCCCAAGACAUCCCGACGCUCCCUACGUCCCCAAAGACAGCCCGACACUCCCUACGUCCCCCAAGACAUCCCGACACUCCCUACGUCCCCCAAGACGUCCCGACGCUCCCUACGUCCCCCAAGACAUCCCGACACUCCCUACGUCCCCAAAGACAGCCCGACACUCCCUACGUCCCCCAAGACAUCCCGACACUCCCUACGUCCCCCAAGACGUCCCGACACUCCCUACGUCCCCCAAGACAUCCAGACACUCCCUACGUCCCCCAAGACAUCCCGACCCUCCCUACGUCCCCCAAGACAUCCCGACGCUCCCUACGUCCCCUAAGACAUCCUGA